GUCGUCGAUGUAUUCUUGUCAACACGUGACUGCUAAACGUGUUGUAUGAAAGAGGUUAUGUAGCUUCGUGUUGUUUUUAACGUGUAUUUUAUAAACGUGUGUUUAUUCAAUUGCCUUCUUUUUUUUAUAAAAUCGUCCAAUGACUAUACAGGAGAUGGAUAUUUGUUUAAAUAUUUCGACGGAACCUGCUGCUGGAGUAUCUGCCAAUACAAAAAGAAGGUCUAUGUUGAAAAGUUCUGUUAAAAAAUUAAAGAAAGUAGCGGUAGAAAAAAAAGAAAGUAAGAAGAGCAAUAAGUUGCAAGGUGUUCCUUUUAGUCAAACCAAAGGAAUCAAAAGAGUUAAACAAAAAGCAUUGGCAUCUAUAGUCGCCAAGAAAUUACAGCAAAAUAAUAUACACAAUAAUUCGCAGAAUACACAGAAACUAUCUAAUUUACGGAUUCAAUCCAAGAAUAAAAACAAUAUAUCUACAGCUGUAACAAAUCAAUUAGAAAGAGUACUUUCUGCAUCAAAUGUACAAAAUACAGAUACCAAUGAAGUUGUAACAGAAAUUGAUGAGACAGAAAAGAAUGUUAUUAAAGAACCUAUCAUAUCAUUUGUUAAGCCUUCAAAAAAGUUACUGGGUAAGGCAAUUGUAAAAAAAAGAAAUAUAAAUGAGACUGGUUCGAAAAAGUCUUUGUCAGAAAUAUUUUCCAAUCAAGUAAUGACAAAAAAUGUAGAAUCAACUUCGUCAGAUGUAAUUUUAAAUGUUAAAACAGAUGAGAAAGAUACAGUGCAGGUACCGUAUGAACAAUCUGCAAUAGAACAAUCUAGUAAAAGAUUAGUUCCAAUAAAGCGAUUGAAAAAGUUAGAUAUAAAUACUGAUAAUAGGAAAAAGAAACACCUUAAAAAUAUUACAGAACACAAAGCACAGAAAAAUGAAUCUUCUGAUAAAACUUAUAAAACUUAUAAGAAACAAACUGGAAAAACAUCAUCUUUAUUUAGAAAUAAUCCUGAAGUUCCAAAUAUUGGACAAAGAUUUGUGAAACCAAUUAGUGAAACAGUUUUCACAAAAACAAAUUUUUCAGAUUUUGAUGUACAUCCUUUUAUGGUAUCAAAUCUAGAACAAAAUAUGAACAUUACUAAAAUGACUACUGUGCAACAAAUGACAAUUCCUGAAAUUUUUUCUGGGAGAGAUGUUUUAAUUAGGUCUCAAACUGGAUCAGGUAAAACAUUAGCUUAUGCUAUACCAAUUGUUGAAUGCUUACAUAAGAUAAGACCUAAAUUAACAAGGAGUAGUGGAUUAAGUGCAUUAGUCGUUGUACCUACAAGAGAAUUAGCUUUUCAAACUUAUGAAUGCUUUCUGAAAUUAAGGAAACCAUUUACAUGGAUUGUGCCAGGUUAUUUAGUAGGUGGAGAAAAAAGAAAGGCAGAAAAAGCAAGGCUGAGGAAAGGUUGUAAUAUUUUGGUCGGUACUCCAGGUAGAUUAUUGGAUCAUAUUAGACAUACUGAAGCAUUAAAAUUAGAUGAUGUAAAACAUUUUGUUUUGGAUGAAGCUGAUAGAAUGUUAGAUGCUGGAUAUGAGAAAGAUAUUGCGGGCAUAGUGGAUGCUCUUAAAGGAAUAAUUAUUAAAUCAGAUAACUUAGGUUAUGAUCCUAUGGAAAUGUUAAAACGAAAUAGUAGAAAAGUUUUCACAGAUGAAGAAACCACUCUUUCAGAAGAAAAUCAUAAGAAAGAACGAAGUUCCAAUGAUAAUGAAAUAUCAAACUCUAAAACUGAUAAUAAUGAUAUUAAUAACAAAGAAGAUGUAAUUAGACAAGAAUAUCAUUCGAAUAGUGAAAGUGAUUCAGAACAAAAUGAUUUUCCUAUAAAAUCAAAGAAAAAGAAAGAGAAGUUUCUUGCGAAACCUACAAAAAAGAAAGAAGAAGAUUUAAAAACAUCUCAAGAAGAUCUCACGCAACUUCCUCCAAAAAGACAGACAAUUCUUUUAUCUGCAACAUUAACUCAGGCUGUGGAAAAAUUAGCCGGUCUAGCUAUGCAUAAUCCAGUCUUUGUUGAUGCUGCAAAAGAAAAUCUAGUAACAAUUGACGAAGACGAGGAUCAGAUUAACGAAGACUUUGUAGUUCCUCAAAGUGUGCGUCAGUAUUAUAUAGUAACUCCACCAAAAUUACGUAUGGUCACUUUAAGCGCUUACAUCAUUGAUAGAUGCAAGCAAUCUGGUCAUAAUAAAAUGUUAGUAUUUAUGGCAACACAAGACAUGGUUGAUUACUAUACAGAAAUCUUAUCUGCUGUCUUAACUAAACAGAGAGACGAGGAAGACGAAGAUUCUGAUCCUCUCAUAAAUGUGGAAUUUUUAAAAUUACACGGUAACAUGAGCCAAAAGGAAAGAAUGGAAGUUUUUAAAAACUUCAGGCUAACAAAUAGCACCGUUCUGUUAUGUACAGACGUCGCAGCGCGUGGAUUGGAUUUGCCGAAGGUGGAUUGCGUUGUUCAAUACACGGGGCCACUUUCAGCGAGGGAUUACGUGCAUCGAAUUGGUCGAACGGCACGUGCUGGUUCUUCCGGAUCAGCAGUUAUUUUCCUUACACCGCCGGAAGUCGAAUUCGUGCGAAUGCUCGAGUCCAAGCGAAUUCGGAUCAAUCAAAUAAACAUGGAGACAAUAUUAGGCAAAUUAAUAGGACCUUUAUCGAAGCAUUAUUCCGUCCAAGAAGCUGCGAUUGCUCUUCAAAGAGAGUUCGAAGCUUUGAUUUUUGAGGAUAGAAAACUUCAUGAUAAAGCAUGCAAAGCGAAGCGUAAUCUUUGACCUAACAAAACUGGAAGGAAAUUUUCGUAGAGGAUAAUCCGUAAGGUAGAAACGUAACGUGUCUACGUAACACGUAACAACUCACACGGUUGUCCGUUUAACACAAUUUCCUUUAUCUCUCUGUUCGCGGAACACGAGCUAGUGAAGAGGAUCUACGAAGGAUGAGGGAACACCUACUCUGAUUCAGUUGGAUUGGAACGAAAGCGAGCUGACUUCAGGGUAGAGUAAACCAAUUCCAGUGAGCACCCUACUCGCAUAUAAAGUAACUCUUAUACGACUACGCUAUGGGGGGUUCGCUCUCCGUUACCACUCCCUUCCUCUGUCUCGGUCUCUUUUCGCUCUCUCCUGCCACUCAGAUAUUUACAUAGUCUAUAGACGAGGAGGGAUGAUCUUGUUUGCCAUGCCAUGCUUACUCUAUUAGGGUUGUUACGAGAAAGAAUUUACUGGCUGCAAUAAUAAAUCCAUUAAGAUGCGACGAUUCGAAUUGGUUCGAAGGGAGAAAACUCAGCUCCCCUUUGCCGCAUCGCUUUCCUCGCGAAACGAAGAUGUUUCCUUCAUUUUACUGCUUUAGCCUCUCUCUCUCUCUAUUUCUUUCUCUCUCUCUCUCUCUCCCUCUCUCUCUCCUUCCCUCUCCCUCUCUCUUUCUCUCUCUCUCUUUCUCUCUCUCUAUCUCUAUCUCUUUCUCUCUCUCUCUCUCUCUCUCUCUUUUUUUCUUCAUCUACAUUUUUAUCGAUGAACAUUACUUGCAAAUAUCGGUCAUCUUCGAAAGAAGCAUUUUCAUAUUAGAAAGUAUAUGUCGCAUCAACGAACUUAAUCGGCUCAACGAUGAAGCUUUCCAAGAAAAGAACGUGUCGAAGAGCCAUAAAUCUUACUGCUUGGCUUUCGAGCUUCAAACUUGUUCAGCAUCAAGCGUGGCUUUACACGAAGGUUAGCCACGGUUUUUGAGCGCUUAGCCAUUCCGGACUUGAGUGACGGUACACAGCUAACCACUUGACCGUUCCUACGCACGUACCGGUGAUUGAUAGAUUAAUUGCCACGUUACUCUCGACCUCUAGCAUUGCACUUUUCGCGCGUAGCUUGCUUUCAUCGGAAGAGAGUGAAUCUGAGAAAGAGGGAAAGAAGGAAAGAGGGAGAGGGAAAGAGAGAGAGGGGAAGAAAAAUUGGAAAUUAAUUAUUUAACGAUUUCUUUGAACUCAUAUUCCCAACGUCGUUUUCUAUAUUUUAUUAGAUAUUGAUUUGCAAUCAAACAAAACAAAAAAAAAAUAAGAAGAAAAAUGCAUCGACGCUCGAAUCGAAGAAAAGACAAAAAAAGAUAAAGCGAUAAAAAAGAGUACAAAAACGGAUAUGAAGUAAAGAAUAAUGGUGUAGCAUGACCAUUUCCUAGCUUUCUCCUAUGUUACCUCCGAAUUUAUUUAAUUCCUGACUAAGGCCGAGGUGAAGGCUAGCACGCGGGGAAGUGGAAAUCUCACUAAUUCGUAACAUUAUCACCCCAAUAGAGCCGAACGGCCCUCAAUAGCGAGAACAACCCCCUGUGUUCUCAACCCUCGCCACUAAGCUAAGGGAUUCAUCCAUUCCGUCCCGCAUAUAUAUCUCACCCCCUUCUAAUAGUGGUACUCAAGCUACACCCUCUUCGAAAUAACUCCUAUUUCAACUUUUUUACGAAUGUUUUCUAAAGUUCAUAAAUAAUCAUUUAUUGGUUUUGAUAAUUAUGAUAGAUCAUUAAUAGUUUCUUUUUAAUAUCUUUAUAAAAUCGAAGAGGUCAAUGUAAUUGAUUUAAUUGAUUAAUCACGUUCAAUAAUUGAUGUCAUUUUAUGAUUUGUGAUUACAAUUUUCAUUGACAAAAUUCGAUAUUCGUUCUUAUGAUCGAAUAACUCUAGAAGUAUAUAUAUGUAAGUACAUGUUUGGGUGCUUUUGAGUUAGAUCGAAUUCACUGUACGCAGUCUAUGCGCCUUUCAGAGGGGGUGGCCGACACAAUCCAACCACUGAAUGUGGCUUCCGCCAAAACCACUUACGCUUUGUGGUGAGAGACUCUUAACAAUACGAUACAGGAUACAAAUACAAUAAGACGCAGUUACAUCACUUAGGAACAAAGCCACCCUGCACGGCGGUCGCUCUUACGUUCACCCCUCUCACUUUUACAUCCUUCUCACUCUUUCUCUCUCUCUCUCUCUCUCUUUCUCUCUCUCUCUCUUUCUCUCUCUCUCUCUCUCUCUCUUUCUGCCUCUAUCUCUUUCUCUCUCUCUCUCUCUCUCUCUCUCUUUCUUUCUCUUCUCAGUGCCGCCGCAUCGUAAGAUUUAUGCGCUAAAUGGAGAAAAACAUUUCUCCCUUUUCAACGUCGACUUCGAACGUGGAGAAAGAUCUUUCUACUCGGUUUCUUAUGUACGGAAGAGACAAGUCAAGGCAGAAAGCAGGAGGAAAUCAGAGCGGAAAACGUCGAGGCAUAAGGUCUCCCUCGGCAAAUUAUCAGAAUUAAAAUCUUUAUAAACCAAUUUUUAUUUGUGUUUAAUCAAAAAUUAUAUAUAAUGCGAAAUUUAUAGUAUAACUUACAUUAAUAUAAUUAAUAUAAUAAUAUUUAGUAUAGAUGUUAUAUAAUUAGAUUGAAACAAAAGUUCGUAGCGUUUUUAAUAUAUCACCUAUUGGAAAAUGCUAUGAACUUUUGUUCUAAUAUAAUACUAGAAUGUAGAAAAAUAAAUAGAGCAUAUAAUAAUAUUUAGCAUAUAUUAUAAUAUGAUAUACUAAUAACUAUAUUAAUAUUAUAAUACAAUUAUAUUCUAUUAUUAAUUGCAAGUAUAAUUUAUACUUAGCAAACAGUAACUUUCGGGAUAUGAACUAAUUAAUAUUUUUGUGAACAAAACAAAAUAAAAGCAGAAUUAAAAAAUACAGUCAUAUUUACGCGUUACAUCAAAGUUAUUUGACGAUAAAAGCGUUUUGGUCCUCACAAAAAGAUAUUUUUAAUAAUAUCAAGUAAAUUUUUAAGGAAAUAUCUAUAAAAUUCUUGUAAGAAAAAUUAUUUUCUGAUUCGAAGAAUACUAUUUAACUUCACGAGUCGAUUGGUCUUUUUUCUUUUUUAUUUCAAAAAGUCGAACGGUCGAAGAGACUUUACAGUGAAAAGAUUUUCGCACGGAACGACAGAGUAACAGCGUACUCGCACAUGUCGAAUUCUCUCAGGACCAGAGAACCCCAGGAUUUCUCACCCGUGUACGGAAGCUAGAGAUGCGAAGAGAGAGAGAGAGAGAGUGUGAAAGAGAAGUGAGAGAGGGGAUGACUAUUAGCUACAGCACUUGACUCGCCCCUGUUAAUGCUCCGUAAUAGCUCGCGGCAGGACACACGUAUACCCCAUAGAAUCGUAUACUAGUCCAGCCCCGUCGUCUUAAUGGAACCACGAUUAAUACGAGUGUAUUAGGUAUAUGCGGUAUAAGCAAUCAUUACAUCGAAAUUGUAUGUAUGUUCAUAAUGUACGACUAACAUAAGUUUAACAGUUUUCGAAAACGUGUUAAUGUAACGUAUUUUGAAAUCAUAUAAAAGCAUAUGAAAUUAUUCAAGAACAGAGAGACAAAGAAAUAUAGACGGAAAUACUUUAUAAAUUUUUUUUAUGUUUACACAAAGUUCCGUAGAAUUAGACUAAGUUAAAAUUAAUGAAUUAUUGCGAUAUUUAAAAUUUAUUAAACCUAUAAAAAUAACGAAUG